AUGUCCUGGCUGCUUGGCAUCUCUGGGACAAAGGAGAAGUUCUGCCCAGAAUCUCAAGGCUUGGAAGAUGAUGAUGACGAUGAUGACAACAAUGAUGAAUUCAGCUGUCCCUGCUACACAGCAUGUCCUCUACUCCACUGCAAAAGCUAUGACAGCUUUGGUGACAGUCAGGUGGAGGAACUGGCAGAAUUCAUCCCAUUUUCCCUAAAUCUGAAGGACAUGGUGAAAGACGAAGGAGUGAAAAAUAGAACGUAUGCCAAGAGAUUGGCCAAGCAUGCGCUAGAGCUUGAGAAGGAAGCUCAGGAGUUUCAAGAACCAUUUUACAAAGAUAUGGAAACACUUCACAGCUUGUCUGAAGAUAAAGACCACAGCCAGAACUGUCACCUUCCUGUGCAUCAAAGGCUGCAUGUUCCCCAAACUCCCAGUAUGGCAACAUGUUGCUGCUGUGACUCUUUCCAGAGUAAUGCAGGCAAGCUCUUGGGGAAGGAUGCCUUGGGGAAGGCCCAUGUCAGUGACCCUUGCCUGGGGUACCCAGCACACACCAGGGAAGCAGAGCCCUACAUGCUGCAAGAGGAGGCCACUGUGGAGUUCCCAUCCCUGCAGCUGACGGAUGAUGGACUCAGGGAAGAGAACUCCAUGCUCUGGAGGAUGACCAACAGCUUGAAGAACACCUUGAAGAGGCAGGCCUGCAAGGUGCGCAGGCUGGAGAAGCAGCUGAAGGCCAGCCAGGCCAAAAAGAAGAGGGAAACCCAAGAGCUACAGUCCUUUGUCCAACAGACUGAAAGGAGUCUCCAGCUAAUGACCCAGAGGGCUGUGGAGGCAGAAAGCACUGUGGAGGUGCUGAAGCAGAAGGUCUUUACUCUCCAAGGAGAGCUGGAGAGCUACAAGGUGGAGAACAAAAACCUGAGAACAGGCCAAAUGACUGACCUGGGAGCAGUGAAGCACAACAUAGACUUAGGCUUGCAGAAUCUCUACAAGAUAAUAACAGGUGCCAACUUGUCUGUCAAACAGCUUGCCUCUGGAGUGGAGUCACUGAAUUUUGUUGCUGAGGUCCUUAAAUCUGCUGGGAAAAUUUCCGAAGCUGAGUCAGAAAAAGAUCCAUGA